AUGCUUCCGCAUUACCGUCCCGAUGCCAUCAAUAAUGAAGCCAGGCGGGAAAAAACAAAACGGGGCACCUCUCCCGGCGAGGCGCCCGCCGACACUACAGCCUCCUCGUCAAAGAUCAGAAUUGCAUAUCUGGGUUGCGUUAAUGAGCGGGGGUUGGGGGUCCGUAGGGGGGUCGAAAAAGUGGCACCGCUCGCGCGCGAAUAUAAAUUCAUCGCCAAAAAAUCAUUACGCGGGGGGUGGCAUUACGGGCGCUCGCUGCGCGGGUUCGUUCCUAUAGUUUUUAAAUCGGGCGCUCAUUCGAAGCGAUGCCGCGGCACGCGGAGGCCGCGCGGCAACUGCACACUGCGCCCCUGCACCCCGCUCUAUGCCUCUAUUACAGAACUAUCACGAAUGCACACACGUCACUUCCAAGUUCAAGAGUCUGAAACUUUGCGGCGCUCGCCGAACCAACUUACAUCCGUAUCUGAUUAG